AUGAAGGAACUUGAAGACGGAAAGGCAAAUGCAACAAACUACAAGAAGAUUAUUCAAAAAUCCGAACAAGUGGAUAUGAAUUUCAAGCUGGGUUUCAUAGCUUUAUUUGUUAAUACGUUUGCAGAAUCCAUUCCUAUGGGGACAAACAACUUAGUUCCAGUUAGAGCACUUGUUGAAGUAGAUGACAUUUAUAAAAUCGAUUGGUGUGCAUAUUUGUUGUACUGUGUGAAAAAUUCAAAAGGGAGAUGGCGUCCAGACAACCCCAAGUGUUAUUAUAGAGGCCCGAUGUUGUUGCUAUUGCUAAUUUACUGUGAUGAAAUUGAAUCUGGUGGAGUUGGGGUUGGGAAUCUAAUUGAACAAAGUUCAAAUUUAGAACAUGAGAAGAAUGAAAAUCAGGAGAGAACUGAAGUCAAAGCAGAUAGAGAUGAAGAGCUUAAUAAAACAAACAUUUCUGAUUCUGAUGAUGAUAAAGAUGAAGGAAUGAAUACAAAGUUGGUUGCAUUUUUAGCUGUUAAACCAUUACAACAGAAGUUUCCAGAGAAUGAAGAAACACAAGAAGAAGAUCAAGAUAUGAAUGUUGAUGACCGAAUAAAUUUGGGUUUUGAGAAUAAUAUUGGCGAGGAAACGAUUAGACAUCCGCAUAAUCCAGAAAGACAAAUAGAAUUUGAAGGCAUAAAUGUUGAUGACAAAAUAAAUUUGGCUUUAGAGGUGAAUAAUAUAGACGAGACUAUUGGAAAGAAGAAUUUAGAAGACAAUGUUGAGAGCAAAAAUCUUGUUGAGGGUGGUAAAAUGAUUUGUGGGGAGAAUAAUAGGGAGGGGAAUAUUGUAGAGAAGGUGGUUGGAGACAACAUAGGUGAGAGCUCAAUUGUUACACCAAAACACAAUCCAAAAGAAACUGGUGAUAAUUCUGAGGGUAAUGAUGAAGAUGGAGAAUUAGAAGGGAAUGAAGAGCAUAUUUUAGAUGAGAAAGGGAAAAAGGGUCAGAAUGUGAAUGAAAGAGGGAAAAGGAAGGUGAUUAAUCCAGAUAUUUUUAGAUCACCUUUUGUGAAUAGGGUAAUUGACUUAAGUGAAAAAGUCAGUACUGAGCAAGAGAUAAUGGCGCAAAUCAUGUUUAGAUGCGUUGCAGAUGAAGAUCCAAUGGAAAUGCUGUUUGAAACUGAGUCUGGAGACAUAAUGGAUAGGGUGCAUUUUGAGGGUAUGCUUCCAAAUCAUAAGAUACAUCCUUUCGUUAUUGAUUGUUGGGCUGUUGUUCUUAAUUUUGAAGAAGAAAACCUGAGAAACAAAAAAUCACCACCACGUGUCUUCUUCAACACUCAAAUUAUGAUAGAAAAAUUAUUGGAUUCUUCAAUACCUUUUGUUGAAAGAUCCCGACUUUUUGAUGAGGCUGUAAACAAUUACUUAUAUGACAUCAAAAGAAAAGUGGAUUUCAAUUCUAUUAAUUUGCAAAUGUGCUUUACAAAGUUUUUGGACAACAAUCGGCGAGAUAAGGUUUCUUUGUUUAAAUCUAUGAAGCCAAAGAAAAUGAAAAUGGCAUGGCAAACAACAACUAAGACAAAUGAUGAUGGUAUAUUUUUGAUGAGGCAUAUGGAAAAAUACAUGGGUGAGAAAGAAGAAAAAUGGGAUGUGGAAUUGGGAGAAGAAAGUGUUAGGACAUCUAAGAAGAUUGCAAAGUUGCGUACAUUUUAUGUUUCUAAGCUAGCAAACCAUCAAAUCAACAAGCAGAGAAAAUUGAAUGUUGUAGAAGCAUUGGAAUUUUCAAAACUUGAUAAGAAAACUAGGUGUAUGUUGGUGAAAGAAGGCAGUGAAGCAAGAGACAAUUUGGAAAUGAAGAAAGUUUGA